CCACCAAAAAAAUUUAUCAGAAAUUGAGAAGAAGAAAUUAAAGAACGCAUCCUUCGAACUGCUAAUAUAAUUCAGAAUGAGAUGCAUCUACUGUCAAUCUCUACGCCUUCCAUCACUCCCACACCUCAAAUACAAACACCAACUCAGAACACCUAGACAGCUUUGGCUCUCCAGCUUCCAACCCGCCAAUCUUAUACGGAGCCAACACGUUUCUCGGCCAUUUCCUUUGGCAACCAGGCCUAUUACCACAGUGCCUCUCGCUCUUGGUUUCAAUUCCGGUCUUGGUUUCGAUUCUCCAGCCAACACCGGUGACUUGUCGGUCUUGAUCCAGACCAGUGCGCUACUUUUCUUUGCGUACUGGCUGGCAAACUUUGUCGUGCCAGAUAUAAUCUCCAGGCAUCUCGGAUUGGAUAAGAGAGGCGAAUCCGAGGAGCCUGAUGGUAAUAAUCCCUUUGAUGACGAGAAGAGGUAAGGCUAAUAGCUAAUAGCUAGUAGCUAGUAGCCCCACCAUGCAGAGAGAUGCCAUUGUUUUGGUGAUAUGAUUUUGGUCAUGAUUUGCCCAUUUUUCUCUACAAUAUGUAAAGCAGACAUACUUGACUACUGAUUUCUGCAGCAACUUGAGAUCAAUAUUGUAGACAGUAGACACCAAAAGCUUUUUAUAUUUCUUCAUUCCUUUGGAAAUCAAACAAGAAAAUUAUUACAA